AUGCGGUGGUAAAAAAACUGCACACUUUAUCAAACAUAAAAAGUAAGAAACAUCGACUUUAUAGCUUGUUUAUUUCAAAAGCAAAACUACAAUGCCGAUGCUCACCAGAUGGAAGAAGUAUGCAGCGGCGAUGUUGGUUUGCCUCCAGCAAUACUGUCACGCCAGUCAGCCACAACAAAGAAGCCAGUCUCUUCCAAAUGAGUCGUUGCCACUCCAGCGAGCGGAGUGCUUCGCGGACGGCUCCGACGAGGAAACGGGGGGAUCGGGCUGCGGCUCCGACCUAGAAGAAAGCGCCACGGAGGACUCGGACGACGGUAGCGGAAUUGCGUUGUUUCUGAGGCGCG